AUGUCGACACAAAAUGUACCCGGCAGCUUGGGGAGCUUUGCCAAUUCCGCCAAUUCUAUGCCAUCAUCUCUUCCUUUUGAUAUUAGUGCGUUUCCGAAGCUCAAUAAAGAGCAAGCAGGCCAUAUUCGGCACUACCACAACCUGGCUAGCAUGCCGGACAACUGCUGGAACCACAUGUGGUCGGAGGAUUACCUUCAAGAGUCUAUGGAUGCAUACCGAUACCAGCUUGCCACCCUGGUCUAUGGAGCUGGUGUGGCCCACUUCCACCGCCUGCCGGCACUGCGCUCGGUCUUCAAACCCCUCUUGCGCCGUUUCAUCCAAAAAAUGCUCUUGCGUGAUGUAUGGGGUUACUGGUGGAACACUUCUCAGGGCGGGAAAGUUUUGAAUCCGGACCAAGUCACACCUCGGGCACAGUGGGCGGACCCUGUGGUACGCGAGAACAUUAUGUAUAGCGGGCAUCUUUUGCUCAUGGUCAGCUUAUACGCCAUGCUAUUCGACGACGACGAGUACGAGAAACCCGGGUCUAUAGCUUUUGAAUGGGAUCCGCAGUUCUGGGGAACCCCUAAAAGGUACGAAUACUCGACCAAGUCGUUACAAGACGUCAUUGUCGCCGAAAUGGAAAAGAACCAAUGGCUUGGAGUCUGCUGCGAGCCGAACGUGGUCUUUGUCAUCUGCAAUCAGUUCCCUUUGAUUGCGAUCCGGUACAACGACGUGCGGAACGGAACCCAUAUCUUUGACGAUAUCAAGCCCAAGUAUCUCGCUGCCUGGGAAAAGAAAAAGGGCAUGUUGGGACCAAACGGCCAGAUCAUCCAUAUGUGGAUGGUGCAGCAGGAUGACAUCGUGACCGCUUCCAGCGUCGUCGGGUCGGCGUGGUGCGGAGCAUACAUGAACGCUUGGUACUCCGACUUUGUCUAUGAUCUUUUCGAAAAGCAGAGACUAGGACACCUCACCAAAGUCAAUGGCCAGGUGCGCCUGCAAAGCUUCUGGGUGGCCAGGGAGAUCCUGAAGCUGUCUGCGCGGGACCUGGCCAGACACCACCCAGACAACGCUGCCACGGUCGCCGAAGCUACUCGAAUUGUAAAGGAGAAGAACCCCGAGGUGGAUCCCAACGUCGCCAAAGCUCCCGGUGUGGGUAUGGUCUUGCAGUGGCUCAGCGAGCUGGGCAAAGAAGAAUAUCUCUUCCCCUUGCUGGAGUAUAUCGACCGGGAAAUGCACCCGAGAUGGGAGAACGGCGGCUUGUAUUAUGAGAGGCGCAAUGACUUCCAGCCGGCCACGGCCAUAUGCAUGGAUCCAUACUCUAGCAAUGCCGGGGUCGCCUACGGCCGUCUCAACGUCCAUAACGGUCAGAAGGAGAUGUUCGAGCGCCCGUGGACCAAGGAGAUACUGGCCCAGAGACCCUACGUCGAUAAUGUCGACCUCUCGCAGGGUGUGGAUUUCCUGAGAGGCCAAUGGUCAGCCGAGGAUGCUGCGUUGGUGGUUACUCUCAAAUCAUGGGAUGGCCAGGAUCAUAAGGUCACACCUACAUUCAACAACCUCUCUCAAGGCACGUGGGGACUCUACGUUAAUGGCCACCUUCAGAGGAUUGAAGACGUAGCAGAGAGGUCCGGUAACGUGUCUAUGGCUGUUCGAGUUCCCGCAACAGGGGAGGUCGAUCUCGUCCUCCUUCGUGGGAAAGCACGAACCUCAAAGAUCUAG